AUGAGAACAUACAUGGUAUUAAGUGUUGUCGGCGCUUGGUUUUUCGACGUGUAUUGUAGGGACGAGGAGAAAAUUUCAAAAGGGUGCUAUUGGCCAAAUGAGGUGUUCGAGCCCUGUUUCGGCGGUUGCGCCGAGAUUUCGUGUGACAAUCCACGCAACCAUUUACGUCCCUGCUAUCCCUACUGCGAGCCUGGGUGUGUGUGUGAGGAGCCCUACGUCAGGGACGACAGGACGCACCAAUGUGUGUUACCGCAAGAUUGUUCGCCCACCCAAAUGGGUAUACCGGUGCCCACCAGACGCUCAAGUAAUACCAGCCCAAUGAAGUUCAACCGACUUCAGAGACGUCACGGGAAAGACGACAUUGGACCUAUAGAAAACGAUGUUCCAACACAUGUUGAUGAGAGAAAGGCGGCGGAAAUUUCCAGAAUGGGAAACUAUUUUAAUAUAGUGAUAGCCCCGCCGCCGAUCCGGGCUUUACAACCGCGAAAGUUGGUGCAAGGGUUAACUAAACAAAUGUAA